AAAAUCCAUUAAAGUUGUACUCCCAAAAUUUGUCAUUAAAAAUCACGAUACAAUACCAGCCCCUAAGAAACGUUUCCAAAGGAGCAACUGUACGUCACUCAGUCAAGCAUCAAACAAGUCCUCACAAGAGCUUAUUUAACGCUGCCUCACAGACUUGCCCUCUGCAAAAAAACUGGUAUUCAAUUCAGAAGCAUGGCAACCCAUAAGAAAGCAAGACAACCUGAUUGGGGAGCCACUGUGCUGGAUAGAAUUAGCAAAUUGCCCAUAAACAUAUUACACCUCAUUUUAGAACGUUUGCCGUUGCACGAUGCAGCAAGAACAACUACACUGUCAAAAACUUGGAGGACUAUAUGGGGAUCACAGGCUGGACUGGUUUUUGAUGAUGUAUUUUUUUCGCAUCUUGUUUCUAAGAAAAUUGAACAACCAUCUGAUGUUUCAUUAACCAUAAGUAAUAUUCUGUUGGUUCAUAGUGGAACUAUUUUGAAGUUCCAUCUUUACAUUCCUAAAUAUCUGCCCCUUCUACAUACCGAUUUGUGGAUUAGAAACAUAUCAAAUAGCGGGGUUAGAAAAUUGGAGCUUAUCCAUACACCACCUAGUCCCUACAAAAUGCCUUCUUUUCUGUUUUCCUGUUCAGAGUUAACUGAUUUGACGCUUGAUAACUGUAUACUCAGUCCACCCCUUGGAUUUGGAGGCUUCUGUAAUCUCAUCAAUGCUAGACUCGUGCAUGUCAAAAUUACUGAUGACAUGUCAUUCGGUGCUCAACUCGAAACACUGGAUUUGAAAUAUUGCACUGGGAUUUUUAAUUUGAGAGGCCAAUUUGGUUGUGAUAACAAUAUCAGGAAGUUGAUGAUCACUUAUUGUGGAUAUAUCAAUUUGCAAUGGUUUAAAUACACCAGGAACGUUGAAACUUUUGGUUUGAUGUUUGAAUUUUGGUCUCUAAAAUUGAUUAAUCUUGACAGCUUAGUUUACAAGAUGCCCAAAAUCCAAGUUCUUCUCCUCAAUGGUGUUCCCUUCAAGUCUGUGGAACCAGGUGCAUCUGUUUUUAAGAGACUUAGAAUAAUGGAUAAGUUGAUCUUUCUACAAGUUUCUGUUGGAUUUUAUGAUCUGGUUCAGACUCAGGCUGUUAUUUGCUUGAUUAGAAGCUCGCCCAAUCUGCAAAAUCUUCGUAUAAGGCUGAAACCUAAAGUAAAUUUUGUAGCUGCUAUGGAAUCAUUGACUGUAAGGGGGGUUGGAGAGUAUUUGCAAUUACCAGACUUGGUCGACCUGAUUCUUGAUAAGCUGGAAACUGUGGAUAUAUUGGGAACAGUGGGUUCGAGGUCUGAGCUUCAUUUUAUAAAGCUUUUGCUUGCAUCUUCCCCUUCGCUUAUAUGGAUGAAGAUUUCUAAAAGCGACACCAUUGGUGAUCCUAGAGAAGAGUUGAGGAUUCUAGGAGAGGUGACGCAGCUUCCUAGAGCAUCCACAAUUGCAAAGAUAGUAUGGAACUGACUACUAGCAGUAUUAGUGCUAGACUUUUAAGGGAAUAGCCCUGUGGUUAGUAUGUUUUAUUGUCUCAGUAGAGUUUAUGUUAGACGUUUGUUAAACAAUAUGUUGAGGGUGUGCAAUAUGUUUGAAACUGACACACCUCUGUUUUAUCUUAAGCUGCGUUGUUACUUAUUGUCAUCAUUGAACCUUCAUAAUAUGUUAUUGUCAUAAAAAUUGAGCUGAGA